AAUAAUGAUUGUUAAAGAUGACAUUUUAAAGUGUCCAGUUCAUGCCAAAUGUGUUACAGUGCAAGUUGUAACCAUGAGUUGUUUCUGUCAAAUAUGGCAGGGGGACCUAUGGAGUCCACUGAGAUUCCGAAGGGCGUGGAGGCUCUGUUGGGGAAUGAUGGGGAGCUGUGCAGCCUCGAUGGUGUCCCAAAAGUAUUCAGUUUGAUGGAAGCUUCCACCAAGACGACCAGUAGGUGUAUGUACCUGAAUAUUCUGCUGCAGACACAAUCCCACGACAUUCUUAACAGGUUUGUCCAGGUUGGAGGCUACAGGCUGUUGAACUCCUGGCUGACUGACUCCAAAACCAGCAACAACACGCCUCUGCUGCAGCUCAUCCUGCUCACCCUGCAGAAGCUGCCUCUCAAGGUGGAUCACCUCAAACAGAACAACACAGCCAAGCUGGUUAAGCAGCUGAGCAAGACUGCAGAGACUGAAGACCUGAGGAAGUUGGCGUCUGUGCUAGUGGAUGGCUGGAUGGCCACAAUCCGCUCCCAUUGUGUCUCAGGUAGUGGCAAGGUGCCACUGCGGGAAAUGAAGGAAAAGACUGGAGAGGAGAAGAAGAGGGAGAAACCUAAAGCGCAUGCACCCAGCCAUGCUAAGAUUCGCUCCACAGGACUGGAGAUGGAAACUGCUAGUCCUGUUCCUGCUAAAAAGACGCCCACUGCUCCACAGCUGGGAGACAAGUCCAACAUCAAGCCUCGAGGUCUCAAGAGGCCAAGCUCCAGUCUAUCAGACUCUCCUCAUCUGGAGAAGAAAUACAAGCCCCUAAAUACUCCUUCUAAUGCUGCCAAAGAGGUUAAAGUGGAGACCAUUCCAGCACAUCGUGAGAAGCCAAAUGCUUUGGCAGAGCCACGAGGUGAAGAAGAAAACUUGACUGUAAAGGGUAACACGAAAAAGACAGUUCAUUGGGCAGAGGAGGAGAAGCUAAAACAUUACUUCUAUUUUGACCUUGAUGUGACUGAGAGAGUUAAUGUCAAUAAAAUCAAGUACUUUGGUGAGGCAGCUAAAUGUGAGCUUAUGGAUAGGCAUAUGUUUGAGAUGGCUUGUUGGCUGUACCACGAUGCCAUGGAAGAAAGGAUCCCCUGGACACCUCCAAUGCCUCUGACACAACCUGGCAGUCUGGUUACCCUAGGGACUAACUCCACAGAGAAACUCACCCAGAGGGACCGUGAGAUGGGCAUCCAACAGGAGAUCUUUCUCAGCAAGGAGAGUGUGCCUGACAGUCCUCAUGAACCAGACCCUGAGCCAUAUGAUCCCAUCCCUCCACCUCUUAUCCCUUUGGAGGACUUGUCCACAGAGGAUGACAGCUAUGUUGAGGACACACUGCCACAGCAAAGCUCAGCCAUGGCCACCAAUGAAGCCUCCAAGUUGCCCCCUGUGCUGGCUAACCGCAUGGCUAACUUGAGCAGCCACUGCUGCAGCCCACAAGCCACAAGUACUGUCUCCAACCCCGAGACCCCCACUGUGAAUGUACAGGAGCUGCCUUCCUCGAUAAUGGGUGCUCAGGGUAACCAAUCUACAGAAGAACUGAUCAAGCAGCCAGACUUCUCUGAGAAGAUUAAGCAGUUGCUGGGCUCCUUACAGCAGAGCCAGAACCAAAAUCAAAAUGGACCCCCACCAGAUUGCUCUUCCUGUUGUCUCGUCAAUCCAGGUUUGCUGGGCCAUGGCCCGGGAAUGAACAACAUUAACAUUCACAUGCAGAUGCCCAUGAACAGCUCCCCACCCAACAACCCACCUGGAGGUUCUCGCUUCAACCACCCACCUCCACCCCACAAUCAUGGAGCACAUUUCAAUGCUGGUGGUGGCCCUCGCAUGAUGGGGCCACCACCAAACCAAGGUCGUGGGGAAACCAGCAACUACUGGGGAGAUGAAUCCAUGAGAGGAGGGCCCCAUCUAGGAGGUCACUUUCAUCGAGGGGGUCGAUGGGUUGACCAAGGCUUCAGGGGCUGAGGCCGAGGAGGUCCUAGAGAAGGACUCAACAACAUGAAUGACAUGUCCAACAGGCAGGUGUGUCGACACUUCAUGAUGAAGGGAAGCUGUCGCUAUGAGAACAAUUGUGCAUUUUACCAUCCUGGUGUCAAUGGACCACCGCUGCCUCCAAACCACCUUGUUAACAACCAGCAUGGACACUAGGUGGUGCUGCUGUCUGCAAGCCACUGUGGAAGGCCUGGCGGAAGCUUAGAACCUUAUUCUGUGAGCAGGAUCCACUCCGGAGUGAAUAGUGUUCCCAC